AUGCAUAUUCUUGGGACUACUUUCUUUUUUAUUAUAGCCCUCAAGGUCUGUCUAGGUGUCUACCUUCAGAUGUCGGAGGUCCAGGCGUAUGUUGGAGAAAUUGUGAUCUUGCCCUGCAGUGGUUCAGGGUUCCCUGUGGAGCAGCUGCACGUUCACUGGGAGGCGAUGGGCAAAGACGUGAUCUCUCUGCGAGGAGACAUCAUCACGGUCGGGAGAGGGUUCGAAGACCGGGUGAACUUCCUCAGAGAUCCAGCAGAGUCUGAGGACUUUUCCCUCGUUCUGUCAGAUGUGAUGCCGAACGAUGGAGAGAUAUACGAAUGUCUCUGGGAGGGAACAAAACCCAUUUGCUCUGUGCUACUACAAGUGUCCACACCAGCGGCUUUCGCCGAUCAUGUUGAAGUGUUUGAAGGCGAGGAUAUCACUUUGGAGUGCUUUGGAAAUAUCCCUAAAAACAAACCAUGGGACGACAUUUACAUCCAGUGGCUGAAGGAUGAGAGAGAAAUCCUGCGCUUGAGCUCUGGAGAGAUGGACGUCAGCAUUGAUUACAGUGUCCUGAGGUUACCGGCCAAACACGACAUCAGUCGCGGUCUCUUCUCGCUGAGCAUCCCGUCAGUCAGUGUUUUCGACCGGGGCGUUUAUCAGUGCCGUUACAAGAGCACCGACUACGAGGCGCCGCGGAGCGGAUUCCCGAAGACACACACGCUCACGGUCCGGGGUAACGUUACGGAACGUCUUCAGUCUUAA